GCCUGUAAGAUCCGCAGUGUAAUCGAACGGCUGAGAUUUAGAAUACAAAAGCCCUUAUAAAAAGGUUCAACCGGAGAAGAGGUUCCGUCGGAAAAAUUGGGGAAAACUUAAGGACGACGGAGAAGCAGAGAUAUGGCCGCCGUACUCUGUUUCGCUAUUCACGUGUUGGUUUUAUUUCUUUUUGUUGGGUGUGCUGCAAGGCCUUUCUAUCCACUUCAUAGUAGGUUCCUUGAAGGAACUAGACAACCUCUUCAAACCACUCGUCCAUAUAAUAUUGCUCAUCGAGGUUCAAAUGGAGAAUUUCCCGAAGAAACCCUUCCUGCAUAUAAGAGAGCUAUAGAAGAGGGUGCAGACUUCAUCGAGACCGACAUCUUAUCUUCCAAAGAUGGAGUUCUUAUAUGCUUCCAUGAUGUUACCCUUGAUGAGACUACUGAUGUUGGAAAAUAUAGAAAGUUUUCCAAUCGUAAAAGAACAUAUGAAGUCCAAGGAGUUAACAUCACUGGUUUUUUUACCGUUGAUUUCACACUAAAAGAAUUACAGUCAUUGAGGGUGAAGCAGAGAUUUCCUUAUAGAGAUCAACAAUAUAAUGGAAAAUUUUCAAUUAUAACUUUUGAGGACUUCAUUGAAAUUGCACUGCAAGCACCGAGAGUUGUUGGAAUAUACCCCGAGAUUAAAAAUCCAGUAUUUAUUAACCAGCGUGUCAUAUGGGGAGAUGGUAAGAGAUUCGAGGACAAGUUUGUUGAGAUUCUGAAAAAAUAUGGAUACCAAGGUUCAUAUUUGUCAAAAAACUGGUUGAAACAACCUGUAUUCAUUCAAUCAUUUGCUCCAACAUCCAUAAUACACAUAUCAAAUCUUACAGACCUGCCCAAGAUCCUAUUGAUCGAUGAUACUACAAUUCCAACACAGGACACAAAUCAGACAUAUUGGGAAAUUACUUCUGAUAGCUACUUUGAUUACAUAAAGAAUUAUGUGGUUGGAAUUGGACCCUGGAAGGAUACUGUGGUUCCUGCAGUAAACAACUAUAUCCUAACACCUACGGAUCUUGUUACCCGAGCACAUGCCCAUAACCUUCAGGUGCAUCCAUAUACUUUUCGAAACGAGUAUAACUUUAUCCACUUCAACUUCCAUCAAGAUCCAUAUGAGGAAUUUGAUUACUGGAUCAACACGAUAGGCGUCGACGGGCUUUUCACCGACUUUACGGGCAGUCUCCAUCAUUUUAAGAACUGGACCUCUAAUCUCCCUUCAGAUGAUUCGGGUGAACAGAGGGCCUCUGAUUUAUUGCAGAAAAUUACCUUGAUGGUAAAUUCAUUUAGAAGUCGUUAGGACAGACAAUUCACAAUGUACAUAAGGUUGGGCUUAUCCUGGCUUCAUUUGGACCACAACAUUGUAGAAAUUUAUUUUAAGGUCAGGCAAAUAAAAGCAUGACGUUUAAACCAGGAUAGGAUAGAAUUGUGAAUCAAUAAAGAAAAGAAACACAGUUGGCUCUCUGAA